UGCUGAUUGAAACAAGUUUUUAAUCCCUGACUCAAAUUUAGCUAGGCAUGUUUAGUUAUAUUGUUGUAUUACAAUGAUUUUCAUUUCCAGUGCCGAAGGAAAUGGUACCAUAGAACAGUAUUAUAUAUUGGCAGGUACAGUUUUAGCUUUCAUAAUUGAUGGGGGGGGGGGGAGCAAAGUAGCGUGGAAAAUAGACUGUACCUGUAUGCAUAGCUCUUCAGUAUCUUGAGUGGAAACGUGGCUGUCCCAUAACACUUGCAGUGAGUCCAUCCCUUUGGCAGAUGCAGAGCUUCUUUCUCUUGUCAGUCCUGUAGGCUUCAAAAACCAGAAUUAAUCUGGAUGUAGUUAUAACAGGCGCCUAAUUGGUGGAGGUGUAGGGUUCUUCCUCUAAGUACAAAACAGCACAGGGGGUAUUGACAGGAUAAAAAAUUACACAAACACGGUUGUGUUUGGCAUCUAACCCUGAUGAGUCAAUAAUCAGUUAUGAUGGUGAUAUACUUAGGAUGCCCUAAAGAAAAAUAACUUGUUUGUUGCAUACAUGCCUACCUACCAGUUCUAGCUGAUGCUCUACAUCUUGGCUGCGUUUCUGGUAAGGUCUGAAGCUGGAGUAGAAGGAGGAUGCAGGACUUUGCUCCAGAUAGGGGGGAAUAAAAAAAAAAAAGUGGGAAUGAGGGUUAUACUUGGGCUCAGUGUUCAGGCUUUGAGAUAGCAAAGUGGAGGAGAACUUAAAAGAACUUGGAACAAAGCAGAUCUUGUGAGAUGACCAUAAAAUGUAAUAUUAAUUUCAUCUUAUUCAAAUGUUUGUGUGUUUAUUUUAACGGUAAGUAUUUAACUAAAUUCUAGCUGAUGAUUAUGUUUAGACAUUAGUGUAUGAAACUCCAAUAAAGGAGUUAUAAACCGCUUUAGUAAACUGUACCAGGGUGUAAACAAAGUACGUUCCUCAUUUACUUUUUCAGGUGAUCCAGUUGUGUUCAAUACGGUUUUAAAAUUUCUAGUCCUUAAUGCCAGGUCUUGUUGCCAUCAUAGCUGUGGUGUGGGUGGAAAAACCAAACCAGAAAUGAGCAGAUCUAACUGUAAGCUACUUUGCAUGUUGUCAAUUGGCUAUAAAUCCCAGGAGUCAUUGACUCAGCGGAACAAACUGCAUGAUUCAGGUAAGAGAACUGUGUAUUGCUGUAUCUAGCUACAGAUCUUCACUGAAUAUCAAUGUUUCUCUAAACCACUUCUAUCAGCUAGUCAGUAACAAUGCUUCUGUAGCUUUUUAUUUCAUUGUGUUUAACAUGAUCGCUUAUUAUAUUAAAUAAGAUGCGAGGAAACUGGAACAUUAACUUUUUUUUUAAAUAUCAUUCAGAUAUUUUCAGGUAUUGUUCAGCAGUCUUAAAAUUAGCACGUCCUGUUUCCUUGGAUUUUACUUUCAUCUGAAGAUUGGUGAGUCUCUGGUCUAAUGGGAAGAGGAUUCUAACAUGUGCUCUGUGCAGACAGUAAGGCAACAGAUAACAGUUUUAUGGAAUGCUAUUAAGCAGCAGGAGUGUCAGCGCUAAACAAAUAAUGUUUAAUGCAGAACCUGAUGGAUGGCAAAAGCUACUGUAAUCUCAUGGACAAGUUGUCCAUCUCUAAUGACACUCAGUGCGUACAGCUGCCCCGGCCUUUCUGUGCAGACCCACUGGUCAUGUUUCACAUGUACCCAGAAACAAACCAGGUCGCUUGCUCUGAAGAUCUGUCAUUCCUUCCUUUCAUGCCUGAACAUCUCAUCACGGAGAACUUCUACAGUGAGCCCUGUGGCUUUUCCUACCAAAUGCCCCACUCCAGUUACAGCAGGAGUGAGUACUCCUAUGGGCCAGCUUUCAUCAGGAAGAGGAAUGAGAGGGAAAGGCAGAGAGUUAAAUGUGUCAAUGAAGGCUAUGCUAAAUUGAGACAUCAUCUGCCUAAGGAAUACUUAGAGAAACGGCUCAGCAAAGUUGAGACGCUCCGUGCUGCAAUAAAAUACAUCAGGUACCUACAGUCUGUUCUGUACAGUGAUUCUGUGGCAGCAGAAAAAAAUGUCGUGGAGCCAAGCCAAGUGCCUAAAGCAAUUAACAAACAAAGCCAAUUUUUGAAGGCUAUCUAAACUUCCAAACCAAGGGAAAGAUAUCCUGCAUGGGAACCUGGUAGUCACGACUAUGUUGUUAAUGAUGUGCACGUCCCUGAAGCAUUUAGAAGCAGAUCCUAGUAUGCAUCGGUACCAGCCCACGGGAAAGCAGUAUAAUUUUGUAGGUAGUAACUGCACUUACAGAAGUAUGACUGGGAACACUGCACCUGAUUGGUCUAAGAUAAUUCAUGGAAAUUGGAAAGCACAUCUAAAAUUGUUACUGAACAAAAAAUACAUUACUUACACAUGUGAAUUAACUGUAUGUGCUAUCACAUUCUUCAUGCUUUGAAAUAAAAUAAAAUCUUUCCA